GAGGAAAAGGAGAUUGGACAGGCAAGAUCAUUGUCUCUGAAAACAAGGACACAAUUUUGUAUUCUACGCCGUACUGCCUCAAUAAACAAAAGCUAUCUACCAUUGAAAAAGGAGUAUAUUCUUUUCUGCAGACCCUCACCAUCUCAGAUUUCGUUGUAUUUGGAAGUUCUCAAGUCUAAGGUUGUAACAGAUUUGAAGCAAUUAACCAAUGCCUCUUCCAGUAUACUGCAAGUAAUUUGUCUAUUAAGGAAGUUGUGCAAUCAUCCUAAACUUGUGGAUAAAACUCUUGUUCAAGCAAUGGGUAGUAUGGGUGGUUCUAAUACUUUGGAAAGUUCUGAAGAUACUACUGGAAAAGGAGGAUGCCAGAAGUUGAAAUUGCAAUACAGGUUUGAACCUGGAGAUAGCAGCUUGUCAGGAAAACUUCAAUGCUUAGAUUCAUUACUCUCUUGUGUUUUUCAAUCAUCUCCUAAUACAAGGGAUAGAGUGGUCAUAGUUUCCAAUUUCACUCAGACCCUUGAUAUUAUUCAGGGUCUGUGUGAUUAUCGAUGCUGGAAAUUGUUGCGUCUUGAUGGAACAACAAACACUUCUUGCAGGCAGCAAUUGGUUGAUCAUUUCAACAAUGCAUUAGGGGAUGAGUUAGUAUUCCUUCUUUCAUCCAAGGCAGGGGGCAUAGGGCUUAAUCUUAUUGGAGCUAAUAGAUUGGUUCUUUUUGACCCUGAUUGGAAUCCAGCCAUUGAUGCUCAGGCCAUGGCUCGAGUAUGGAGGGAGGGGCAGCACAAACCUGUUAUCAUAUACAGACUUUUGACAACUGGAAGCAUUGAAGAGAAGAUAUAUCAAAGACAAGUGAUGAAAGGUGAAGUUGCAGCUACAAUUGAAGGACAUACUGACUCUGGGAUUGCAAGCAAAAGGAGUGGUCAACACUUUAGUCGGGAGGAAUUGCAGGAAUUAUUUACUUUGCGCUUGGAUACACUUUGUGACACAUCUGACUUGCUUGCAUAUUCUAAAGUUCCAAUCUUCGAAGAUUGGAAAGAUUAUUCUAGAAAUGUCGAGGAUUUAGCCCUGAAGGAUGCCAUACAUGAUGGCACAAUAACAUUUGUGCACCAAAAUCAAGAGAAGUAAAAAUAGAUGUAGAAUGAUAGGUUCUUAAUACUUUGCUAGAAAUUCCAUAUCGUGAAAUAUUACAUAUUUCGAGGGGAAGAGAUUUUCUUAAUUAACAAUAAAAAUUGUAAAAUUAUAGGCAUUCUUUGUCUAUAUAUUUUGGGUGAGAUAAGAGCCAUUCAUUUUUUUUU